CGUGGCGCUCCGUCCAAAGGUUCCUUAUCCUUCUUCCUCGGCCGGCCGCACGCGCCGCCGUCUCCGUCACCGGCCGACACAGUAUCACCUCCUCCUGCAUCGCACCCCAUGGUGCCAGCUCUCACUCUCUCCGUGGAGCCGCUGGCUCACCGCCACCACCACCCUGCAAGACGAGCACCUUGUUCAGGAUCAUCGGGGUUUCGGAGGUCUCUCAAUCGUGCAGUGACAUCGAGGGCAAGGGUCACGAUGCUCAGCCGGCAGGAUCCGGGAGCUGAUGGCGCCGCCGGCACGCCUCUGUUCCUCGGGAUAGACUUCGGAACAUCCGGGGCAAGAUACGCUCUGAUCGACAGGCAAGGGGCCAUCCAUUCCGAGGGGAAACGAGCUUACGCACCUGUCGGCGACGCCGCGGGCUGGGCGAGCUCCUGGCGAGCGGCGCUGUUCCAGCUCCUCGGCGACAUCCCACCGGCUCACCGGCCGUCCAUCUCCUCCAUCUCCAUUGACGGGACCUCGGCGACCACGCUCAUCGUCGACAGCGAGACCGGAGAGCUCCUCGCCGGCCCGUUCCUCUACAACGAGAGCUUCCCGGACGCGCUGCCGGCUGUGGAAUCGAUCGCGCCGGCGAACCACACGGUGUGCUCCGCCUCCUCCACCCUCUGCAAGCUCGUGUCGUGGUGGAACACGGCUGGCAGCGACGGCACCGGGUCCGGCUCGGCCGCCGUGCUGAUGCACCAGUCCGACUGGCUCCUCUGGCUCCUGCACGGCCAGUACGGCGUCUCUGACUACAACAACGCCCUCAAGGUCGGCUACGACCCGGAGGCCGACGCCUACCCGAGCUGGCUCAUGGCGCAGCCGUACUCGCGCAUGCUGCCCUCCGUCAUGGCGCCGGGAGCGCCCAUCGCCGCCGUCAGAGACGACGUGCUCUCUCAGUACGGUCUUGCCGCCUGGCCGGCAGGGCUCUCCAAGGAAUGCGUCGUCUGCACCGGGACGACGGACAGCAUCGCGGCGUUCCUCGCGGCGCGCACCGCCGGGCCGGGGAGAGCGGUGACGUCGCUGGGCUCGACGCUGGCGGUCAAGCUCGUGAGCGAGGCCCGCGUGGACGACGCGAGGUUCGGCGUGUACAGCCACCGCCUGGACGACGCGUGGCUCGUCGGCGGCGCGUCCAACACCGGCGGAGCCGUCCUCCGGCAGCUCUUCACCGACGACCAGCUGGUGGUGCUGAGCAGGGACAUCGACCCGGCCGCCGCGUCACCGCUCGACUACUACCCGCUGCCGAGGAAAGGCGAGAGGUUCCCGGUCUCCGACCCCGACAUGGCGCCAAGGUUGCAGCCGCGCCCCGAGAGCGACGCGGAGUACCUGCACGGCAUCCUGGAAUCGAUCGCGCGAAUUGAGGCCAAGGGGUACAGUCUGCUGAGGGAGCUCGGCGCGACGGCGGUGGAGGAGGUGUUCACGGCGGGAGGCGGAGCGCAGAACGAGAAGUGGACGACGAUUCGGGAGAGGGUGCUUGGCGUGCCGGUGCGGAAGGCGGAGCAGACCGAGGCGGCGUACGGAGCGGCGUUGCUAGCACUGAAGGGCGCGGAUCGCCGAGUAGGAGCAAUAGCUAGCUAGAGCAGAUGCUAAAGAACUCUGGGCAAGUACGACGCUAAAAUCUGGACAAUCUAUGAUGAAUUGUGUAGGUGACAUAUGCUUGAAAAUUCUUCCAAGAUAGAUUUCUGGUGCAAAGAGGAGAAGUGCAGAUGAUAUCUUCUUUUACAGAGUAAUAAGGCCAGCUUUAGCCUUUA